GUAAAGCUUUUGUGCCUAUAAUCUUAAUAUAUAUGCUAGAGGGGUAACACACACACGUCCUUCAUCUGACGGUAUCUGCUUUGCAUUACGAGAGCGCGUGUGUAAGGAGAUGUUUCAGAUCGCUGAUGGUUUUCGUCGUUUACAUUAAUCCACUAGCGGCAUCUGCCCUCAAGACAUUGUGUACAUGACACCCUUAUGCUCAACUUUGUAAGGUUAUAAGGUGUGGGGCAACAUCAAAGAAAACCAUAAGAAGAAAAAGAAGACUAUUAAACGUGCAACUUGUCAACCUGCUCAGCUGUUUGCAGCAGGGAAACUUACAAAACACAAUUUGAGCAUAUUCGUUGAGGAAUUACAUAGAAAUUGAGACACUCUUUACGCAGCAUGGCCGUGCACGUCUGGGGCCUAGUAGUCAUCAUCAUCUUCUACGUCCUCAUCUUUAUCUUGGGUAUCUGGGCGGCCAGGAGGAAUAAGAAACGAGGGAAAGAAACCACAAGUGAGGACAUCUUGUUGGCAGGGAGAAACAUUGGACCGUAUCUUGGCAUUUGUACUCUAACAGCUACCUGGGUAGACGGCUCUCUCAUCAGUGGUGUUGCCGAGGGUGUCUAUACUUCCGGUCUGGCUGCUCUCCAAAUGCCACUAGGGUAUUCCAUGAGCACGGUCGUAGCUGCAUUAUUCUUUGUGAAGAGGAUACGUCAGGACGGCACCGUCACUAUGCUGGACCCAUUGGAACGGAAGUUUGGUAAAAUUAUGACCGGGUUCCUGUUUCUGCCAGCGCUCUCAGGAGAUAUGUUUUGGUGCGCAGCAACCUUGUCGUCAUUAGGUACCACCUUAACAGUAGUGGUUGGGCUAGACCACUGGAUCGCCAUCACGGUGUCGGCAGCUGUGGUCCUGAUAUACACGUUGUUUGGGGGGCUCUACUCGGUCUCCUACACCGACGUCAUGCAGAUGAUAUUCAUAUUCCUCGGCUUGUGGAUAACCAUUCCAUUUGCUAUGACAAGUCCAUAUAUGACGUCACUAUCAGAGACGUCACAGAACUGGAUUGGAACCAUCCAUAGCCGUGACGUCAGCACUUACGUAGAUGUGACGUUACAGUUAGUACUAGGAGGGAUACCGUGGCAGGUCCUGUGGCAGCGCGCCCUGGCGGUGAAGUCAGUGAAGGUGGCGAAAGUGACCAUGUACGCAGGCGCAUUUGGGGGUAUUUUAUGUACCAUUCCCCCACUUCUCAUUGGGAUGACUGCAGUGUCUGUCGAUUGGAAUUCCACGGAAUAUGAAGGAGAACUUCCUUUUGCUGAAGAUGAUGUAAAACUGAUAGCACCUCUUGUUCUGCAGUACGUCUGUCCUUUUGCUGGUGAGUUAUUGUAA